CAUGUGGCCAUCAAGUAGAAAGAUAAUCAUGAUAGUUCCUGCCAUGGACCAUGAUCUCUUCUUCCUAUGCUCUGCUGUGAUCUUGUCUCUCUUGGCCAUUACCUUCUUUCACCUACUGAAGCCGUCUCCGCGGCUUCCGCCGGGGCCACGGAACCUCCCGGUGAUCGGGAGCGCACACCGGCUGGUGGACAAGCUGCCGCACAGGGCGCUGCGCGACCUGGCCGACGUGCAUGGCCCGCUGAUGAGCCUCCGCGUUGGUCAGAUACCGGUUGUGGUGGUCACGUCCAAGGAGGUCGCCCGCGAAGUGCUCAAGACCCACGACGCCAUCUUCGCAACCAGACCAAAGCUCAUGGCCGGCGGCAUCGUGGCCUACAACUGGGAGGACAUACUCUUCUCCCCGACUGGCGACUACUGGCGGAAGCUCCGCAGGCUCUGCAACCAGGAGAUCCUCAGCGCCGAUCGCAUCCUCUCCUAUCAGCAUAUCAGGGAGGAAGAGGUGCUGAACCUCAUAAAUGAUAUCCGUGCUGCUGGGGGAUCAACACCAUUGGACUUAACCUCAAAGCUCCACAGGGUAACCAACAGCAUCGUCUCCCGGGCGGCAUUUGGUAUGAAGAGUAGCAAGGUGGAUGACUUUCUAGCAGCCAUCCAUCAGAGCUUCAUCUAUUGCUCUGGCUUCCAAAUCCCAGACCUCUUCCCUAGCUUCACCAGUAUUCUCAGCUUUCUCACUGGCAUGGGGAGGAACCUCCAAAGCAUUCAUGAAACAAUAGAUGGCAUCCUUGAGGACAUCAUCAGCGAGAGAGAAGAAAUUCUCAAGCACGGCUCGGCCAACCAAGCGACCGCAACAGAGAAGAAUCUGGUGGAAGUUCUUCUGAGCCUCCAGGGGAAUGGAGACUUUGGCUUCCCGAUUACCCGUAACACAAUUAAAGCAAUCAUCUUGGAUAUGUUUGCUGGUGGGACAGAUACAUCUGGAUCUGCAAUGGAAUGGACAAUGUCAGAGCUCAUCAUGAAUCCUAAGGUGAUGAAGAAGCUGCAAACCGAGAUCAGAUCGGCAUUCCAUGACAAGAAAAUCAUUACCGAAGCUGAUCUCCGAGGAAGUGACCUCAAAUACCUUAAAUUUGUGAUAAAGGAAACUCUUAGGCUACACCCUCCAGGCCCUAUUCUGGUCCCACGAGAAAGCAUUGAAGCUUGUGUGAUCAAUGGAUACACAAUACCAGCAAAAACAAGAGUAAUUAUAAAUUCCUGGGCCAUCUCAAGGGACCCACGAUACUGGGAAAAUGCUGAGGAGUUCAAGCCAGAGAGGUUUGAAGGUGCUUCCAUUGACUUUUUUGGAAACAAUUACGAGUACACACCAUUUGGAUCAGGAAGAAGAAUGUGCCCUGGAUAUAACUAUGGCUUGGCGAGCAUGGAGUUGACUCUGGCACAACUCCUGCACUCAUUUGACUGGAGCCUUCCAAAUGGAAUCAAUGAAGUAGACAUGAGUGAGGUAGUGUCGUUAAGUUUGCGUAGGAAGGCACAUCUUUUGGUGCUUGCAACCCCUUAUGCAUUUGAUUCCUAAGAAAUAGUAAUCAUGCACGUAUGAAUGAACCCUUGCGGGAGAGCUCGCCGUCAGAUGGCUAAGCAACUGAGGGGUGCAGACAUACUACUACAGUUUAAGGUCAUGAUAUCAGUCAUUUGUCUUUAAUAAUGUUUGGGGUAGUAAAAAGGUCAUAAUGAUGCGUGAGCAUAGUUCGUCAUAUGGAUGAUAUAUGUACUAUGAUGAGUAACAGCCAACAAGUGUAGUUGGCAGGUGGGCACGGUGCAUGCGAGUUGUUACUUGGUAGAUGGGUUAUCUGUACAUCUGUGCAUUAUGCAAGGUUGAAACGUGGAUAUGAUGAUUAUGUUUGUUAA